AUGCUUUCCGUUCCGGUAAACCUGCCAAAGUGGUUGGAGGAAAACUCUCAUUUACUAAAGCCGCCUGUCAACAACUACUGUGUAUACAAUGAGGGAUUCACAGUCAUGAUUGUCGGCGGCCCCAAUGCCCGCACCGACUACCACAUCAACGAGACGCCAGAAUGGUUCUACCAGCACAAGGGCGCCAUGAUGCUCAAGGUCGUCGACGACGGGGAGUUCAGGGACAUCAUCAUCCGCGAGGGCGACAUGUUCCUGCUCCCCGGCAACACGCCGCACAACCCCGUCCGCUUCGCCGACACGGUGGGCGUGGUGCUGGAGCAGCGGCGCCCCGCCGCCAGCCUCGACCGCAUGCGCUGGUACUGCGCCGAGGAAGGGUGCCGCCGCGUCGUCCACGAGGCCGCCUUUCACUGCACCGAUCUCGGCACCCAGAUCAAGGCCGCCAUUGAGACCUUCAUGGCUUCCGAGGACAAUCGCAAGUGCAAGAACUGCGGCGCCAUUGCCAAUUCGGUGCCCAAGCCUGGCUCCAUCAAGGAUCCCAACUUGGAGUAA